GUAAUGGCCGGAUCGGUGUCGCCGUUGUACACCAGCACGCGAAUUUUCCCAUUGAUGCUUCGGUAAAAGCCGCUCAAAUCUGGUUCGGUGGGGGUGUAGUCGAAAUCGCCGUCGGCAUUGUCGACGGAAAAGAAAGUUGCGUUGGUCACGUGCAGGGCUUCCUUGACCACUGGCAAGCUAAGAUAAUGUUGCAUGACAGCGUCGCCUCCGCAGGGGUAAUCGUUCAGUGCUCCUCCGAGAAGACCACCGCUGUACGUGCAUUCAUCGUACAAGGAAUAUCCGUAGUAGCCACCUACUUGACGAUCUACCUUGGCGAGGGCGGCUUGACAUAUAUCGCUGUCCUUGAGAAAGCGAUAAUUCUCCUCAUUGCUCGAAAAAUCGUCCGCUGAGGACGCUGACUGAGGCGACAAAGGAUGUUUGUGUGGACGGCAAGCGUGCAUGACUUCCUGAAAGGUUGCCAUGGGCAUUUGACCGUGACCCGCGAGAAAUAAAAUAUUCCAAAUAUCAAUCGCAUCGGGAUUGGAAAGAUCACCACAGAUGGAAGUUUCGGUUCCGAGACAUCCGUCACCGACGGCCAAUCCUUUCAACGGAAUGUGAUUUUCCGGAUCUUCCAAAAUUCGCCGUGCGAGCGUGGGAAUGUAGAUGCCAGCAUAGGAUUCUCCGGUCAGAUAGAGCUCGUUGGUACCGUAGCAUGGGAAUUUUUCGUGAAAGGCCAAGAGCGCCAGAUGAGCGUUUUCCGCCGCGAGUUCGUCCGUCCAGGCCAAUCCAGCGCAGGAAUGCGAAUCAACGUCUUCGUUGCAGUAGCUGAAUCCUACCGGAGCGGGUUGAUCGAUAAUCAAAACAUGUCCCAGCCUUGUCCACGCGCACGGGUUGUAAAUGGGUGUAGGAAUUCCCGUGGCUUCGUACUCGGCAGUGUGGAGUGAUUCGUCGCUGAAGAGCAACGGCCCUAGUUCCGUCAAGAGUCCGAAGAGAGAGCUCGCACCGGGACCACCAUUGCUCCAGUAAAUUAAAGGCUUGUUCUUAUGGAAGUCUUCUUCAGCCUCGACGAGGACGUAAUGUGUGUGGACCGUGCGGCCCUCGAGUUCAUACUCGACAAAGCCGGAAUACCACGGUGACGGCAAGGGCUGAUUGAACCCCGGCAGACGCGAGACAAAAUCGGGAUUGGAGGAGCCCAAGCACGCCAACGCGAACGCCAAUUUGGACACGAAGAAGGCUACAAAUGUUGAUGAACGAAAUUGCAUCAUGCUCGGUUUGAAUGACUGUGAGUUGGAUCUUACGGAACUGCAGAAAGAGAAUUCGAUGCAAGCGGUCGAUGGAGUUUGCGUUUUGCACACCACGACGAGGCAGUCACAGUCACAGUCAAAUCGGAUUUGACGGUUUCUUUAGAACCCGGAUAUAAGAGGGAUCCGUCCGUGACGGAUAGACAGACGGAAAAGAUCGACUCGCUGUGUUUGACAGCGCAAGUGACUUGUCUUCUCGACCCAAAACGGGAAGCACGGUUUGAAAUUCGAACAAAUUCCGCGGAUCUUUCCGAAUUUCGGGUUGGAGCGAACAGCUUCUCGGAACGUCGCGCAUCGCUCGAGGAGGUACCAUUGGAUGGUCCCCGGUGCCUUCGGGUUGACACUGACAACCGACGUCCGUGCUCUUGCGUUCCUUCCUUACAGUCAGCACAAGCUUCCCCAUUUCCGUGAGCGUGAGGAUUGCCCCACAGGCAAAAGACUAGCCAUUCACUUUUCAGGGUUGGGAGCCGUAUCAUGCCGGAUUCUAGCCAACGUGACGACGAGGCUUGUAUGCGGGAGGCGAUUGCCGAAGCGGCGGCGGCGACAUCCGAAGGGAAAAUGCCCUUUGGGGCCGUCUUGGCUAUCGACAGUGUCAUCGUCGCACGAGCUCACAAUCAGUGUCCGGCGGCUGCCAAACGAGGGGGUGGAACGGGCGACGUCACCCGACACGCCGAAAUGGAACUCGUUCGACUCUUCACCAGCAAACUCACCGCGGAAGAACGAUCCAACGCCGUCCUCUACACCAGUACCGAGCCGUGUGUCAUGUGUGCGGGAGCGAUUUACUGGAGCGGUGUUUCCAAGGUUGUAUACGGAUGUUCGGCGCGACAGUUAGAGGCCUUGAGCGGUCCGGGCGGCUUUGACAUACCCGUCGACACGCUCUACGGAAUGGCGUCGAAGGGAGCGCGACGAAUGGAAUGUCUUGGUCCCUUGCUGGCGGAAGAGUCCCUACAGGUUCAUGUCGAUUCCGGUGUCUGGAAGAAUGCACCGGUCCCUACUACUGCGGAAUUUCCCCCCGUCACCCAGGCGGAUCUAGAUAUUGCGGUCGAGGCCGCCCUACUGAAAAGCGGCUUGGGGUCCGCCAAGGUCGUCGACGACGGUGUCGUGCCGGUCAUUGAUCUCUCCGUUGGCACGGACGAGCAAGUCGCCGAGAAACUGUGGCAAGCGGCCAUGGAGGUUGGUUUCUUCUGCGUGGUUGGUCACGGAAUCGACCAAUCCAUUAUUGACGGAGCCUUUGGCGCCUCGGAAACUUUCUUUGCGCAGCCGCUCGAAGACAAGAAAGCACAAUCACCUCUGGAUAUGAGUAUCAACUCGGGUUUCGAGUACUUUGCCCAGGUCCGCCCGAGUACCGGCGUAGCGGACCAAAAGGAAUCACUACAAAUCACGGCCCGCCAAGGCUGUAUGGACGAUCGCUGGCCGUCGGACGAAUUCCACAAGAGUGCCGAUGCAUUGCUCGAAGCAUCGCACCAGUUGGCCAAGCGAAUUUUGAACCUGUUGCAACCCCAAGCGAUUCCCCAUGUGGAACCGGAAACGCUGGCGAAUUCGCACACGCUUUGGGAAGAAGACGGGCAGUGUACCUUACGAUUCUUGCAUUAUCCCCCACUGGAUAGUGACACCACGGCCAAGCUCAUUGACGAUGGCUAUUGGCGGGCGGGACCGCACACCGAUUGGGACAACGUAACGUUACUCUAUCAACAAAUGGGACAGAAUGGUUUGGAAUGCUGUGCCAAUCCACGGACAGGCGACCCCGCUUCCAUGUACUGGACAGCCGUGAAUCCAGUGGAAGGAGGGAUCGCCAUCAACGUGGGUGAUAUGCUGGCACGUUGGAGCGACGGCAAGCUCUUCAGCAACCUGCACCGCGUACGUCUACCACCCGAUGCGUCCAAAUCGAGAUAUUCCAUCGCAUUUUUCGCCCAGUCCGACAAGAAGGCUCUGAUUGAAAGCAAGGAGUCGGAACCGAUUACGGCUGGCGACUACAUACUUUCGCGAAUUCGUAGCAACUUCGAUAAGAAUCGAACAACACCUAUGUUGAUCGCCAUUGCUGCAAAGUAUAGGAGUCUGAUUGGUUUGGAAGCCCAGCGCCACAACUUCGAACUCAAAAAGGAAUUGCCGUCCGAGGGGCUGUAUUAUAAAUUGAUGAGUCCGGAAAACAUGUUUCGAAGCUUUGCAUAG